AUGUGUUUAGCAGUAUUCGGCGAAGGACAACGCAGCCGAGCGUGGCGGAGUUUGGGCGGAAGAAGAUUCGAUAAAAUCCCAGCAGCAGAAGGUUCGGGGUGGAAGGCUGGACACUUGCGAGGUCCAUGGGGUUGGGAGGUAUAGGCAUUGCGUUUCGUCGCUGCUCACCUAGCUUUUUGUCUAUGCGCUUCGGUGCCUGCCAUCAACCGCGCUUUACAUCUGCCGUAAUGUUUAGUCACCAGAUGAGCACAAAUGCCGAAAGUGUUGCUGCACGUCUAAACAGUGCAGGAUUCAUUAGGAGUCAGGGAUUCAUAGGAGGGAAAUGGACUGAUGCCUAUGAUGGGAAGACCAUUGAGGUUUGCAAUCCUGCAACAGGUGGGGUCAUAACAAAUGUUUCAUGCAUGGGUGGAAGGGAGACAAAUGAUGCAAUUGCUUCAGCACAUGAGACAUUUUUAUCUUGGAGCAAGCUCACUGCUGCUGAAAGAAGCAAGCGUCUAAGAAAAUGGUAUGAAUUGAUAAUGGAUCACAAAGAUGAGCUUGGGCAACUUAUGACAUUAGAGCAAGGAAAACCUUUGAAAGAAGCUAUUGGUGAGGUUAGUUAUGGUGCGAGCUUCAUAGAAUUCUAUGCUGAAGAGGCUAAAAGAGUUUAUGGUGACAUAAUUCCAGCAGCAAUGUCAGAUCGCCGGCUGUUUGUUUUGAAGCAGCCAGUUGGUGUUGUAGGUGCAAUCACACCCUGGAAUUUUCCCUUGGCUAUGAUUACCCGGAAGGUUGCCCCUGCCCUUGCUUGUGGAUGCACUGUUGUUGUAAAACCCUCUGAACUAACUCCCCUGACUGCAUUAGCAGCAGCUGAACUCUCCAUUCAAGCUGGGAUUCCACCGGGUGCUGUGAAUGUCGUAAUGGGAAAUGCAUCUGAUAUUGGCGACGCAUUACUUGCAAGUCCCCAGGUGAGGAAGAUCACAUUCACAGGAUCAACAGCUGUUGGGAAAAAGUUGAUGGCAGGUGCCGCGGGGACUGUGAAAAAGGUGUCCCUUGAACUUGGUGGCAAUGCACCUUGCAUAAUUUUUGAUGACGCAGACCUUGACGUUGCUCUGAAAGGAACUCUAGCAACUAAGUUCCGAAACAGUGGCCAAACUUGUGUUUGUGCAAAUAGGGUACUUGUGCAGGAAGGGAUUUAUGACAAGUUUGCUAGUGCUUUCUCUAAAGCGGUUGAGGAUAUGAAAGUUGGGGAUGGUUUUGGGGAAGGUGUGGGGCAGGGACCUCUGAUUAAUGAUGCCGCUGUGCGCAAGGUUGAAUCUUUUGUGGAAGAUGCUAUAUCUAAGGGGGCUAAAGUCCUUAUUGGUGGCAAGAAACAUAGUCUUGGAAUGACAUUUUAUGAGCCCACUGUGAUCGCAGAUGUCAAAAGUGAGAUGCUUUUAUCAAGGGAGGAAGUAUUUGGGCCAGUUGCACCUCUUCUGAAAUUUAAGACCGAGGAAGAUGCUAUCCGCAUGGCCAACGACACCAAUGCAGGUUUGGCUGCUUACAUCUUCACAUCAAGCAUCCAACGUUCGUGGCGUGUCUCUGAAGCCCUUGAAUAUGGGCUAGUUGGAGUAAAUGAAGGAAUAAUUUCUACUGAGGUUGCUCCAUUUGGUGGCAUGAAACAAUCUGGUCUUGGCCGUGAAGGAUCAAAGUAUGGCAUGGACGAAUAUCUUGAAAUCAAGUAUGUGUGUUUGGGAAACAUGAACUAAGCUGCAGUUUUGGGUUUGAAAUCCUUGCCCCUCCGGUCGGUUGGUAGUUUGCUUCUUCAAAUGUGCCCCAUGGCUAUAUAGUGAAAAAGAAAAAACAGGUUGUUUGUUGCUACAAUCAAAAUAUGGGUAGAGCCAGGCAGCCAUGUAUGGUAUGGUGGUACACAAGUCUCAAAAACUCCAGGCUCCAUGGCUAUCUAAAUAAGAGCCUGUUUGUUCUGUUCCUUGAAGACAAAUGUUCUUUACCCUUGUUUUUAUCUUCUGAAUUUUGAAUUAAAGUGAGAGUCCCCUUCAACUUUUAUA